AUGGGUGAGGAUUUCAUAUGGAGCACACUGGCAAGGGUAUACUAUGAUGAAGGCCGGUGGGAAGAGGCCGAGCAGCUUUUCGUGCAGGUGAUGAAGGCUUGCAAGAUAAAGCUUGGCGAAGAUCAUCCCAACACGCUGACCAGUAUGGCGAAUCUCGCUUUAAUUUGGAAAUCUUCGGCUCACAAUGCCGAAGCCAUCCAUCUGCUACGAGAGUGCUUGAUAAAGCAGAAGCAAACACUCGGCCUCAACCAUCCCACCACUUUAUCUAUUUCUGAAAUAUUGUUAAGAUGGGAAACGGAAGCAACACGGGAGACUGAAGGGGAAUGGGAAACGGAUGAGGAGUGGGAAACCGAUAGGGAAUAG